GCAGAGAACUGCCUCCUGAUCAGUCUGAAUUAAAGAACAAACCUGGUACCAUGGCAACGAACACCUCAUCCAGAUAUGACAACAUCACCUGCAAAGUUCUGAUCCAAUCAGGAUCUCCUGCUGUCUACCAGCUGAUACCAAAGAAAGAGAAGAUUGGAUCUCUGACAAGAAUGACUCUUGGUGAAAAAGAUCCAAACAAGAAAAACAAAACCAUCUUACUUGUUGGUGAAACAGGAACAGGAAAAUCUACUCUGAUCAACGCUCUGGUCAACUACGCCAUGGGAGUGGAGUGGGAGGAUGAUGUCUGGUUUCAGAUCGUAGAGGAGGAGAAGAGAAGUCAAUCAGAAAGUCAGACAUCAGAUGUGAUCGUGUACCAGAUCUUUGGUUUUGAAGAUAACCCUCUGCCCUACUCUCUGACCAUCAUCGAUACUCCUGGAUACGGAGACACCAGAGGGAUCGAACAUGAUGACAUCAUCAGUCAAAGAUUAUUAGACUUGUUCCAGUCAGAGGAUGGAGUUGAUGAGAUUAAUGCAGUGGGUCUGGUGAUGACAGCGAGUGAGAAUCGACUGAAUGACCGACUGAAGUACAUCUUUAAUUCAGUGAUCUCUCUGUUUGGAAAAGACCUGGAGAAGAACAUUGUCGCUCUCAUAACACACUCAGAUGGAAGAACACCUAAAAAUGUUCUGAAAGCUCUCGGGGACGCAAACAUUAAAUGUGCCAAAAACAAAGAUGGUGAGCCUGUUCAUUUUAUGUUUAACAACCACCAGAGUAGAGAGAAAACAAAGAAAAAUAAGGAUGCUCUAAAAGGUGCAUGGGAAGUGACAAUGACCCAUAUGGGUGAAUUUGCUGAUUUCCUGAUCAAACAAUCCCCUCAGACCCUGAAGACAACUGUUGAAGUAUUGCAUUUACAAAUCCGACUGACAGCCUGCAUCAACAACCUGCAGGACAGAAUCAAGGAGAUUGAGCUAAAACAGGAAGAAAUCCAACAGACUCAAGCUGGUCUGAAGAAACACGAAGAAGAGAUGAAGAACAAUGAGAACUUCACUAUAGAAGUUGAUGAGGUCUACAAAGUUUGUUCAGAUGAA